GCCGCCGCUGGGCUCCGCCUCGCCCGGCUACGCAGGCGGCAGGGCUGCGGCACGGGCCGGGCGGCACCAUGGCGGCGGCGGCGCCUGCUGCUGCGGCGGCUUCUUCCGAGGCGCCGGCGGCGAGUGCAACUGCAGAGCCCGAGGCCGGGGACGAGGACAGUCGCGACGUUCGAGUGUUGCAGAGCCUGCGGGGCAAGAUCUGUGAAGCAAAAAAUUUAUUGCCAUAUCUUGGACCCCACAAAAUGAGAGAUUGUUUCUGUACCAUUAAUUUGGACCAGGAAGAAGUUUAUCGUACCCAAGUUGUGGAAAAAUCUUUAAGCCCAUUUUUCAGUGAAGAAUUUUACUUUGAGAUUCCAAGAACUUUCCAGUAUUUGUCUUUCUAUGUUUAUGAUAAGAAUGUUUUACAAAGAGAUCUUCGUAUAGGAAAAGUAGCCAUCAAAAAAGAAGACUUGUGUCAUCACAGUGGCAAAGAAACUUGGUUUUCAUUACAGCCUGUUGACUCCAAUUCAGAGGUUCAGGGUAAAGUUCACCUUGAAUUAAAACUGAAUGAACUGAUAACGGAGAAUGGAACUGUGUGCCAGCAGCUUGUUGUACACAUCAAGGCAUGCCAUGGGUUGCCUCUCAUAAAUGGCCAAAGCUGUGACCCUUAUGCAACAGUUUCUCUAGUGGGCCCUUCUAGGAAUGACCAAAAGAAGACAAAAGUAAAGAAGAAAACAAGCAAUCCGCAGUUUAAUGAAAUCUUUUAUUUUGAGGUAACCAGAUCCAGUAGUUACACCAGAAAGUCCCAGUUCCAGGUGGAAGAGGAGGACAUUGAAAAGCUAGAGAUCAGGAUCGACUUGUGGAACAAUGGAAACCUGGUCCAAGAUGUUUUCCUAGGUGAGAUUAAGGUUCCUGUGAAUGUAUUAAGAACUGAUUCCUCUCAUCAAGCCUGGUACUUGCUACAACCAAGAGACAAUGGAAACAAGUCAUCCAAAACUGAUGACCUGGGGUCUCUUCGAUUAAAUAUAUGUUAUACAGAAGACUACGUGCUUCCUUCAGAGUACUAUGGUCCUUUGAAAACUUUGCUGCUAAAAUCACCAGAUGUUCAACCAAUAUCUGCCUCAGCUGCUUACAUUUUGAGUGAAAUAUGUCGAGAUAAAAAUGAUGCUGUUUUGCCCCUUGUACGACUGCUGCUGCACCAUGAUAAACUUGUUCCUUUUGCCACUGCUGUGGCUGAAUUAGACUUGAAGGAUACACAAGAUGCAAACACAAUUUUUAGAGGAAAUUCCUUGGCUACCCGAUGUCUGGAUGAGAUGAUGAAAAUAGUGGGAGGGCACUACCUGAAAGUAACAUUAAAACCUAUUCUUGAUGAGAUAUGUGACUCCUCAAAAUCCUGUGAAAUAGAUCCUAUUAAAUUGAAAGAGGGAGAUAAUGUAGAAAAUAAUAAGGAGAAUCUGCGCUACUACGUAGACAAGUUAUUCAGUACAAUUGUAAAAUCAAGUAUGAGCUGUCCCACUGUAAUGUGUGAUAUCUUUUAUUCUCUAAGGCAGAUGGCUACUCAGAGAUUUCCUAAUGACCCUCAUGUUCAGUAUUCUGCAGUGAGCAGCUUUGUAUUUCUUCGUUUCUUUGCUGUAGCCGUAGUAUCACCUCAUACUUUUCAUUUGCGACCUCAUCAUCCAGAUGCACAGACAAUUAGAACAUUAACUCUCAUCUCAAAAACUAUACAAACUUUGGGAAGCUGGGGGAGUCUGUCCAAAAGCAAGUCAAGUUUCAAAGAGACAUUCAUGUGUGAAUUUUUCAAAAUGUUUCAAGAAGAAGGAUAUAUUAUGGCAGUUAAAAAGUUCUUGGAUGAAAUUUCAUCUACUGAAACUAAAGAGUCCAGUGGUACGAGUGAGCCUGUGCACCUGAAAGAAGGUGAGAUGUAUAAAAGAGCUCAGGGAAGAACUCGGAUUGGAAAAAAGAAUUUUAAGAAACGAUGGUUCUGCUUAACAAGCAGAGAGCUCACCUACCACAAACAGCCAGGUAGUUGUGUUUAUGCUUUAUUAUGGGGUUUUUCCUGGUUCUCGGUAUUGCCUAUGAAGAUGUUCCAAGUAAUACAUACGGAGAAGCCACUCUAUGUCCAGGCAAAUAACUGUGUAGAAGCUAAUGAAUGGAUAGACGUACUCUGCAGGGUGAGCCGAUGCAAUCAAAACAGGCUCAGUUUUUAUCAUCCCUCAGUGUAUCUGAAUGGAAAUUGGCUCUGCUGUCAGGAGACCGGUGAAAACACUCUCGGCUGCAAGCCAUGUACUGCAGGUGUCCCUGCAGACAUCCAAAUAGAUAUUGAUGAAGACAGAGAAACAGAAAGAAUUUAUUCCCUUUUUACCCUCAGUUUACUUAAGCUGCAGAAGAUGGAAGAGGCUUGUGGAACUAUUGCAGUCUAUCAAGGACCACAGAAAGAGCCUGAUGAUUAUUCUAACUUUGUAAUCGAGGAUUCUGUAACAACCUUUAAGACAAUUCAGCAAAUAAAAAGCGUAAUUGAGAAGCUGGAUGAACCUCAUGAAAAAUAUAGGAAGAAAAGAUCCAGUAGUGCAAAAUAUGGGAGCAAGGAAAAUCCAAUUGUUGGGAAAGCAUCUUAGAGUUUAACAGAUUGGUUCAGAAGAACUGGAAAAUAUUAUUUUUCUUGGAGCUUUUCAAUUCAUCAUAUAUUUUGUUCAUAGUAUUUAAGAAUGAACAUUCGCUUCAAUGUCAUCUGCCUCCACAUUGUAUUUAAUAUUUAAUAAUUGAAAUUAAUUGUUUGGGAAUCCUGGUAUUGAUGUAUUACUAGAGAAUUUAAAGCCCAGGAUUCCCUUCAUACCUGUGUGACCAAAUCUAUAUUUCUGCAACUUCUUUUUAAUCGAAAGAAUCUUCCUAGAAAAGCUUUGUAACAAAGGGAGAACUCCUCCGUAGCAAGAAAUCAUCUCUUCUUAUAACACUCUGUUCUGUGGACUUGUUUUGACUACCAUCAGUGCCUGCUCUAUACUGCCAACAUUGUGUUUUACUAGAAAAUUCCAAUUCAUGACAGUUCGGAGCUUUUCAUUUAGUUCAUGUAGACCCUCCCGCUUUAAAAAAGAAAAAAAGUGAGAAAUGAUUUUCCUUUGAUCCAUCAGUCAUUACAGGUUCCAUUCAAGACAGUGAUAGAAAUUUUAGAAAACUGCCAGAGCAUCCUUGAAAGUUGCUAGAUCCUUUUGCCUAAAGAUGUAAACAAAACUCAAGACAGGAGGAAUCAGGGAAUACGUGCUAUUGUGUGCAUCUUGUUUACAUUUGGAAUCAGUGAUGGCAAAAGAAAUAAUGAGACCUCUGAAAUUGUUUUCAUUGUUUUAAAUACCAGGUACUCAUUUUCUUGAUUUGAAAGUUUAACAUGACUUCUAAGGACAUCUCUUCUGAAAAAGAAAGUAAACAGGGAAUGAAGGAUGCCCUCCUCAUAGUGUUUGGUUCUGCUCUUACUCGAGAACGGUCACUCGGCGCACUUUAACAAUCUGGACUGCUCCAGAUUAUACUUUAGAUACUUCAUGGUAUCUAAUCUUUAUGAUCAGUUGAAUGAUCAGUGUUUAAGUCUAAAAAUAAUGCUUUCCUGAAAAUGUUUAUAUUUCAUUACUGUUUCCUUAUUGCCUGCUAGCCAAAUGGAAUUUGGGCAAGCAACUCUUUGAAGACUUUUUUUACCCUAGAAAUUUACUUUUGUCCUAAAAACCCUAACUGUAAAUAAGCAGUCGAAGCAAGUUGCCACCUUGAAUUUGAGGGAUACACUUUGCUUCAUCAGUAUUAAAAACCAUGGUACUUUUAUUUUGUCUUUUUUAAUUCAAAACAUUUUCUAAAUGUGGUACUUUAAACCUUGGAGUAUUUACAUGUUUCUGUUCAAAACUGUGACUUAUUAAUGUAAGUCUGCUAGUAGUACUUUUUUUGUUUCCCUGAGCAUAAGCUAUAUUUCAAGAUAUACUUUGCCAAUUUUGUUAUUGGUGGGUAAUUGUUUUUAAAUUAUAUUGUUACUAGGUAAUUAUUUUUAAAGACUACUGGCAUACCAUCAAAGUUGUUCCAUAAAAGAAUAUAACUGAGCAAUGUAUUUCUCUAAAUGACUUGUAAAAAUCAAUGAGUUACAUUUAAGUCUGCAUUAUGGUAGAUUAUUACUCCUGGCUCAUUUUGAAGACAAGUUUGAAAAAGUCCUUAAAUUUUAUAAGCUUGUAGAUUCCAUAAACUACACUGAUUUAUACAUUUGAAAGAAUUUAGCCAUUUAAUAAAUUUCUCAUUCUCAACUUGCAUUUAGAUUAAAAUUCUUUUUAUGAGUCUCUGAAAUGUCUACCUGCGAAGAACAUGUAAACAUUGCCAGGUACCAGUCAUUAUUCUUUAGUGGCUUUUUAGUCCUCUGCUAUUUUUUUUAAGGCAAAAGAAAUAUUCAUCUAACAUUUCUAAUAUCAAAUCCCCAAUUGUGAUUGUUUUUAAAGAUCAUGGCAUGAUCACAGGGACCAAGGCUGUGUGCAUACAUAACUCUGGAUUUGAAAGGAGGAGAGUUCAGCCAUCUAGUUCUUUUCUUCACAUGACACUUUUAAAACAGCCAGUUUGACUGAAAUUAACCAACUUGGCACAGCCUAAAAAGAAGUAAUGUGAAAUUAAAUUAUUUUUCUUUGAAAGUCUUUUGAAAUAAGAGACCAUGUAAGUAGGACCCUAAGAUAACCAAGGAAUUUGCCUCCAGGGCCCUCAUUCCUCUGCCAUUACUUACAAAUUUUUUAAUUUUUACUACCUAAUACUCUUUCUCUACCUUUUCCACAUUUGAAAACAUACAAGGCAGCUCACUUCAUCCAAAAACCUAAAAACUCCAGGAAGGAAAGAAAAGAUGAUAUGGAGAAACUUGCCAUAGAUGCCGGUUCUGGUUCUUAGUUUAGCCAUUUCCAUCAGUUGAAAUUGUGGUGUGAUCUGUGCUUGUUUUGUUGUUUUGUUUUUGUUUAGCUUUGUUUUUUAAUAUUCAUUUAAUAAGAUGAUGGGCAAUAGCAAAGAUUUUUACUCCCAGGAAUAUAAUUUAUCAAAUUGAACUAUUUUAUUUGCCAAAGAAACUUGUUUUUAAUAUCACGGGUAAUGGGUAAGUGUCAAAACUAGGCUUUUUUUAAUUAAACAAAAGAAGGUGACGAAUGAUAUGGCUUUUGUUUCUGUUUCUGAAGCCUGAUUUCAUUUAUGCCAGGUUUUGAAAAACAUCUUUUUAUUAAGUGAAAGCACCUUUAAUUUGCUCUAACGGUACAUCCUGUAAAGACAGAAUUCUGCAUAGCAUUUUAGGUGUUUUUACAGUAUGUGAAAAAUACAAGACUCAUUCUAGAGUUAAAUUACCAAUCUUGGUUGAUAUUAUCUGCUUCCAUUUUUAUUAAUUUGGAAAUUAAUAUGUUGCUAGUAAAUAUUGGUUUUUACAGUACCCAGUUUGAAAAUGUAAGUUAUCAAAACUUAAUGUAGUGAAUUUGUUUAACCAUGUUGUAUUGUUGAGAAUGUAUUUUUAUUUAAAUUUUAUUUUCUUAUCAAGAGUAUUAUAAAAAUUAACUUUUGUAACUGUCGCUUGGAAAUAACUCAAAUAAAUUACAAGAAGCCUGUC